ACGGUGUCGGCUAUUGAACAAACACCCAUUUCAAAUUUCCAUUCCCAAACAGUCGAGAGUAGAAGAAUUUUUAUUUAUAUUUUGGAAAGUGCAUUUCACACGAAUUGCAUAUAUCGCCAUGAAGCAGCUUAGGUACGAGCCCAUGUUGAAGACGGCGGCACUGGUCCGCGAGAGCGAGGACGCCCGGAACAGCCGCAAAAGUCGCACAAGCCGCACGAGUCGUGCGAGCCGCCAAAGCCGCUACGAACCGACCAGACGUGCACCACAGCCACCACCCCAUGAAGUGAAGCCGAAGCUGCUCCCAAAAAAGCAGCAGAGCAUCAGCCAGUUCUCGUUCAUGCACUCGCGUGAGGGCCUUACGGGCAAAAAGUUCUGGCAGGAUGUGAUCGAGGAGGUUGAGUUUGUGGUGCACUGCAAAACUCUGCCGCCCAUACCGAUAAAAGACUACUCGGUGGUGCUGCCAGCUGAGUUGCGCGAUCGGGUCAAGAAAAUACAGAAAUAUCGCUACGACAGGUCUGACGACGACAUUUACAUUCGCGAAGAAAUGCGCGAGGAGCGUCCGCUGGACUACAUGACCUUCAGCGAGUCCGAGACUGAGGAGCCUGAAAUAAUGGACGAGGCAACACUGAUACUGGAAGCAGGCCGCAAGAAAGUGGAGGAACAUUUCAGUGAGAGCGAGCACUCCGAGAUCGUCCGCUUGGAUCACGAGUUUGAAAAGUUCGAGCUGAAGUUAGACGACCCGGUAGGCCACACACACCGCGUCGUGGACUCGAGAAGCUGGAUGGCCAAGUUUUUAUGCGCACCGCGUCACAAGCGCGUUAAGUGGAAGUCGCGCGUGCAAACUGCCAAGACUAAGGCGUCAGUCAAGCUCGAUGAGGAGGCGGAGAAGCUGAUGGAUGCGUCCGCGGAACGCUUUGUGGAGUGGCUCAACAGCAUCGGAACUCUGGACACUGGAAUGACGCCGAAAAAGAUAAAGAGCUUGUUCGACAUCAAGGGCGACCGCACGCUUCUAGCUUCGAUCAAGACCGAUCCAAAGGAGGUGAAUGCCAUAGCGGCCACCGUGGCCCAGAAAUGGAACAAGCCAGAAAUGGCCAUUGAGCUUAAAUACGAGAAGCAUAUCAACGAUCAUGCCACACGGGUGUGUGAGAAGCCAAUGCUCAGCGCCUUCGGACGCACCGUGCCAAUGAAGGAGCGACCCUGGAUGAAGCGCAGCACUGACACCUUCAUUGAGACCGUCUUCCCCGAGGAGUUGCUGACGCGCCAGAAGCUCUUCAAAGGCAUUACGCAUCUGCGCAGCACUUCUAUACUUCUAGAAUUCUACCAGAACUAUCCCAAGCUGCCGUUCCCUGUUUACUUGAAGGAUUGUAGUGACCUUGAGUUAGUCUCCCUUGAGGACUCUAAUACAGAGCUGCCGCUGUACGAGUUUCUAGGAGUGCGCUACUAAUUGCGUACGUGUCCCUUAGAUACUCUAUAUCAUUCACUUCAUUUUGUUUUCCUUCCUUUCUGAAGCUAAAGUUAAAAGCAAACUAAAAUAAAUUUACAGUUUAAUAUGUGGAAGUAUA